AUGCUGGACGACAGGGUGAGACCGCUGGUGCUGCUCGUGAAGAAUUGGGCGAAACGCAUGCAGGUCUGCGGCGCCAACGAGGGCAACCUGUCGUCCUACGCGUGGACGAUCAUGGUGGUGUACUUCCUGCAGCUAGCUGGCAUCCUGCCCUCGCUGCAGGUGCUGGCCGACUCCUCCAGCACCGUCCAGGACCUGGACAUCAACUACUGGGGGCAGCCCUGCGAGUUUGACACGAGCUUCCUGGGCGAGUACCUGGCGCGGCGGGCCGCCGAGGGGGGCGCCGCCAACGACGGCUUCACCAUGGCACACCUGGUGUUCGGCUUCUUCCACUUCUUCUGCCGUGCGUACCGCUGGGGCCGCGGGGAUCUCCAGAGCGAGGUCGUCUCGAUCCGCUGCGCUGACCGCCGGAGAGCGGAUCCAUGGUUCCUGCUCUACGGGAAGGCCCACCCCGAGCCGGGCCUCCACGUGGAGGACCCGAUCGAGCUCCGCGACCUCAACAUCCGGCAGGGAGGGAGAGGCUAG